AUGGCAUUCUAUACCGAUAACGAUCCAGUCAUAUGUAGGGCUUUUUCAUUGUCCCUGAAAGAUGAAGUACUGGAGUGGUAUCACACCCUCCCUACAAAUUCAGUGGAUUGUUUUGCUACCGUAGAAACUCUUUUCCGAAAACAAUACGCUGCCAAUAGAAGACAGGAGAUGACACCGGCUAAACUAGUAAGCACUAAACAAGAAAAAUAUGAAACCUUGAAAGCUUUCAUUCAGAGGUACAAUGAGGCGGCCAGGCGCGUAAAAGACGUGAAUCACACGUUCAUAAUAAACAAUUUGCCUUCGUGUUUGAGGCCAGGGUAUUUUGUUGAACAGUUGUAUGCAGAUCCAAAGUCUAUGGAAGAGCUCCAUGAAACGAUUGCAAAAUUCAUACGCAUUGAGGACAUCAGAAACUCCCGAAAAAGGCAACAACAAGAAAAUCCUAACAGCGGUAACAAGAAAGAAACGAAGCGAUCGUCCAACGACUAUAAAUCUGAGAGACCUCCUCGAAAGGAGUCGGGGUGGACACCCAAGUACGAUCGUUAUACUGUCCUUAACGCACCCAGAGCAAAGGUACUCGAGGAGGCCCUACACGCAAAACUCCUCACUGUUCGGCGAAAAUCCACUCUAAAGAAUGCUGAUGAGAGUAAGGCUUGUCGUCUUCAUCUGAACCACGACCAUGACACCGAAGAGUGUAACCUAUUGAAAGAUGAGAUAGAGAGGCUCAUCUGUGCAGGAUACUUCCAAAAAUACAUAAAGGAGAGGACAUCCCAAGCAGCGACCCCAAGUCGAAAUGAAACCUCGAGGACAAGUCCCGAACAAUCGUCUCACAGAGACGAUCGACAAAGACGACAAUCCCAAAGCCGCUCCCGACACCUAGAAAGAGAGAGGUCGGUCCGAGGACGAAUCGACACCAUAUCCGGAGGCUUCGCAGGAGGAGGAGCAUCAACAUCUGCUCAGAAGAGACACUUGAGAGAUUUAAAAACGGUGCACAUGGUAGACCAACAGCCUCGAUCCAUGCCCAACAUUACCUUUACAGAUGCAGACUUUCACGCUCCUGACCCCGAUCACGACGAUCCCAUGGUAAUCACCGCCGAGAUAGCCCGAUACGAUGUCAGGAAAGUGCUCACGAUCAAGGCAGCUCGGUCAAUAUCUUGUACUGGACCACAUUCUUGA